GUAACGUCACUGGCUCUUUUUGUAUUCAUCUUCUUGUUGACCCCAAUAGAAAAUAGUGGCCUUGUGGAGUCUAUAAAAGGAGUUUAUAAUAAAUUAUUGAAUUGUGGGAACUAAAGUAGUUCUUGAUUAUUUGCAAUAUUCUUUUCAUUCAUUGAGAUAGGGCUGACAAUAAAGUUACAAAGAAACCCUUGAAGAAAAGUUUCUAAAAAUGGAAGGUUGCCGGAGGUCUAGUUCAGCUCCGGCACGUCCAAAAAUGGAAAGGAAGUAUGUGGAGAAGAAUAGAAGGAAUCAUAUGAAGAAUCUCUGUAAUCAUCUUAAUUCCUUGCUUCCUUCUCAUGCCUCUAAGGAAACAAUGGCAUUGCCUGAUCAAAUAGAUGCUGCAGAGAAGUACAUAAAAAGCUUAGAAAUGAAAUUAGAGAAGAACAAGGUGUACUUGGAAGAAUUAAAGAUGAGUAGUAGUAGAAAAAGGCCCAAAUCAUUCAACUCAACUAAUGAGCCCAACCCAAGCACCAAGUCAACCCCUCAGAUCCAAGUCCAUGAAAUGGGCCCAAACAUGGUCGUGGUUUUAAUAACUAACCUUGACAAUUUAGCCACUUUUUAUAACAUCAUUCGGUUAUUUCACGAGGAAGGUGUGGAAGUUGUGUAUGCCAACUUUUCAGUCAAUGGGAACUCUAUGCUGCAGAUUUCUCAUGAAAAUAAGAUCAACAGGAGUUCAACAGUGGAAUCUAAAACUACAACUCUGAGUGAUAAGCUUAAGGAGUUGAUUUAUGGAUCAUCUCAUGGCAAUGAUAUGGAAUCCCAAUUACAUUUAUGGGACUAUAUAUUUGAGUCUAAACUGUUAGGAUUUGAUGAUGUAGAGUUAUUACCAAUACCAAGUCAAAAUCCAAACUUUUAUAGUUAUAUGCAGAAUAUUUAAGAAAUUCCAAGUUCCUCGUAAAGUUGAAGUAGCUUCUCUUAUUCAAGCAGUGGCAGUGGCGGAGCCAGAAAUUUCGUUAAGGGUAUUCAAACUUUGUAAAGUAAAUAAAAUUAUCAUUAGAUUAUUGGGUGCACCGAAAA